AUGGAAUAUUGUCUUAUCGAUAGCGCUCUCCGCUGUUUAGCCGAGCGCCCCGAGCUCAAGCUCCCCGGUGACGCACCCACGCCGUCUCUCCCGAUCUCUCCCUUCCUUCCGCUCCCCGACAGCGCCCGCGGCUCCCAGAGCACCAUGGCCACCCUGCAGAACCACUGGCACCACCGCCGCGUGGCUGAUGCCCAGGCCAGAGCUUGCUGGAUCUGCUUCAAGCCGUCGUCCAGCGUGCUGAUCACCCCGGACAACAAGGACUUCUUCUACAUAUGCCCCGGCCACUUGAAGGAUCGCGGUUUCUGUGAGCCCGAUGCCGACGAAGCCGCAGCUCUGGCCGACAAGAAGAAGAAAGAGGAGAUGGACCUCGAGAUCAAGAAGGUCAAGGACGAGUACGAGGAGAAGCAGCGUCGGAAAAAGGAGCGUCGCAAGGAGAAAGAGGCUGAGAAGGGCAAGGACAAGGAGAAGGACAAGGAGGAUAAGAAGGACGAGGCCGAAGAAGACAAGAAGGACGAGAAAGAACGAGACGACAAGAUCCAAGCUCUUUCCAACCCAGACCAGACCAAGGCUGAUGAUGGCCCGCGCAUUUUCACCCUCCACAAGAAUUUCCACCAGAUGCGCAUCAGGCGGAUCCGUGACGCAGAAGCUGCUCGGAGAAACAAAGACAGACUUGCGAAUCCGGCCACGUUCCCAUCGGUCCCCAAGGGCGAUCUGUGA